AUGAGUCGAGGAUACUCAGAAAACAAUAAUUUUCCAUAUGAUAAUAAUCAAAUGGUUUUGGACAUGAUCCUCUACUCUUUAAUCGGUGUCCCUCAGCCUAUCAACUGGGACAGUGUGGCAAGGCUGGUUCCAGGAUUUACAUCCAAAGAGUGUGCAAAAAGGUUUGAUGAACUGAAAAGCAGUGGAAGUUCACCUGUUGACAACCAGUACAAUCCAUUAAUGGCUACUGGUGGGAGUCCUGUUGAAACCCUAGCUACGUACAUCAAAUCCUCUCUGCUGGAUACACAGGGGGAGUUUCAAGAGCCUUCCAUUGGGCAGAAUUCAAUUUCCAUAACUGGAAGGUCCAGUGUUGCUUCCACAAGAAAUUGUUCUUCAGAAGCUGAGAAACAUUCUGCACAUAAAGGUGGAGAAAAUGCUGAUGAAAGUCAAGGGCCAAAUAUGGUGAUCCAUGUGUGUGACGAAGCAAAAAAUUUGAAGGAAGAUUUUGUUUGUCCUCGAGAUCUUUUGAUUUCUGAAAUGAAGUACUUUGCUGAAUAUCUGUCUGUGGAUGCCCAGCGCUGGGAAGAGGUGGACAUUUCAGUUCACUGUGACGUUCACAUCUUUGACUGGUUGAUAAGAUAUGUUAAAAGGAACACUAAGGAAUAUGAAGUGUAUGAAAUACCCACUUUAGAACCAGGAAAUGUCAUUUCGAUUCUUAUUUCUUCUGAGUUUCUGAAGAUGGAUUCCUUAGUAGAAAAAUGUAUUCAUUAUUGCCACAAAAACAUGAGUGCUAUCAUAGCCACUCCAUGCAACAUGAACUGUGUCAGCGGUGACCUCCUUAAGCGUAUCGCUGAUCUUUUCACACACAAUGAAGUGGAAGAUGUGAAGGACAAAAAAGAUAAAUUUAAGAGUAAACUUUUCUGCAAGAAGAUUGAGAGACUGUUUGAUCCAGAGUACCAGAAUCCAGAUUCUCGGGGAAAUGCAGCAACAUUGUACAGAUGCUGUUUAUGUAAGAAGCUUUUAACUAAAGAAACAGAAAGAAGAGUCCCUUGUGUUCCAGGAAAAAUCAACAUAGAUCAACAUGGAAAUAUUAUUUAUGUUCAUAUAAGAGAUAAAACUUGGGAAGUCCAUGAAUACUUGAUCAGUCUUUAUGAGGAAUUAAAAUCUUGGCGAGAUGUGUACUGGCGCCUCUGGGGGAUUAUCAAUUGGCUGAGUUGUUCAAGAUGUAAUCAAUCUUUCCUAUGUACUGAAUUUUCUCACUGCCAGUACCACGCACAGCCAGUUCUUUAUCCCGGUGUGGCAAGCGCAUUGGGUACAUCUGGCACUGGAAUAUAUCCCUGCUGUAACCAAAAAAUUCUUCGAUUUGAUCCUACUCCACUUCCAAAGGGCUGUAAAGUGCGGGAUCAUGUGAUCGGUUUACCGGCUGGAGGUGAAGGUGGGGAUACUCUGCCAUAUCAAACUACUAAAAUAUUGAAUGAUCUGCUUCAGCAUAGAGAUGUUGUUGUUGUACCUUUUUCUAAAGAUCAGAAUAGUGAUUCUGGGAUUGGGCUGUGUGAUGAGAGAGGGAUUGAAUGUGAUGUGCUGUUAGAACCAAAUACACCGUGGGGCCCAAAAACUGGAGAAAUCAAUGCUUUUCUUUCUCUGAAAAACUGGACUCUACAGCUGAAACAACAGUCAUUGCUAUCAGAAGAGGAGGAGUAUACCACUGGCUCAGAGGUCACUGAGGAUGAAGUGGGGGAUGAAGAGGAAGUAUACAAGAAACCAGGGAGAAAAGAAAAGCCAAAGAAGUUAAUCAAACAUCCAAAGAAACAAGUUUCUUCACCUAGUGUUCAAAAAAAGGAGAAACCAAUGGAGAAGUCAGAUUCUCGAGAUGCAUCUCCAUUCAUUGUGAGUAUGCAGCAGAAUAAGUGGGAUGCUUCCAGAUCACUGAGAUUCAACCAAGAUGCUCAAAGAGAAGACGAUCAGCGAAGGAUGUGUGAGAUUACAGGGCACCUAAUAAAAAUGAGAUUGGGAGACCUGGACCGGGUCAAGUCAAAGGAAGGCAAAGAACAUGCAGGUGGCAUUUACUCUAGACUUGAAGCUCAGAUAAAGGCCUCAGCGCAAGUCAGUGCUCGACAAAAUAGCACAGAGAAAAACACAAGGUCUAAAUCUCGCUUUGGUCAAGGCCGUCCAACCUAA